AUGCAAUUUACAACCGGAAUUUCGUUCAAUGAACCGAAAUUUUGUGUGAAUUCAUCAUGGAAUCCAUUUGGAAUUACUUUUGCCAGUAAUAAUACAAUUUUCCAGUUUAAGCCCGAGCAUAUAUUCAUUGACAAAACAAAUACGAUUUAUGUAACAUCUGGUGACCUUGAUUCUGUUUUUAUCUGGUCACAAGGAGAUUCAAAUCAAACACAAGUUCUUUCCAAUAAUCUCGAUGCGCCGAGAAGCACUUUUGUUACCGAAAAUCGUGAUAUCUUUGUCGAUAAUGGUCGAAUUCGUCGAAUUAAUAAAUAUACAUUCAAUUCAUCACUCAAUCCUUUCAUAAUUACUGUUCUUGGACAAUGUACUGGAUUAUUUAUUGAUCAUAAUAAUACUAUCUACUGUUCUUUGAAUAGUUUUCAUCAAAAUUUCACGUUAUACGUCGCUGAUUCGGGAAAUCAUCGAAUACAAAGAUUUGAUCAAGGACAAACAAAUGGAAUAACUUUUGUUGGAAUUGGAGGAAUUUAUUCUUUUAAUCUUCAAGGUCCUCUCGGAAUCGCUUUUGAUGGAUAUGGAAAUUUGUUUAUUGUCGAACGAACUGCCAGUCGAGUAGUAGCAACUAGUCCCAAUGGUGUCUGGUGUGUAAUUCGAUGCUCAUCAUCAACUGGAUCAGGAUCGAAUCAAUUGUAUUAUCCAUCAAGUCUUACUUUUGACAACUUAGGAAAUCUUUAUGUGGUCGAUAAUGGAAAUAAUCGAGUACAAAAAUUCUUCAUCAAUCCAAAUUCUUGUGUUGAAUUAACAACAACUUCAGUAUUCGAGUCAACUGAUCAAUCAACAUCAUCUCCAUGGAUGUCAACAAGUUUAUUUAAUAGUGCAAAAGAAUCUCGAUUUUCUCAUUCAACUGUGAUAACGUUCGAAACGACAAAAAACAAUUUAACGAAUUUCAAUUGUUCUAUUCCAAGAAUUAAAUUAAUACCGAAUGAUACAUUAUUAACAACACCGAUCAAAUUUCGUCGAAGUGAUGAUUUUUAUCUGAACUCUAUGAUUAUCUUCGAAUGUAAUCAAUCUCAUCCAUUCACUUCUCAAUGGAAAUUUUUUAAUUGUGGAUUGACAUGUGAAAAUGAAUUACAUUUCAAUUCAUCAUUAAUCAUCAAUCGAAAUGAAUUGUAUAUUCCUAAACAAAUAUUUCCUUAUGGAAUUUAUGAAUUGAAAUUAAUAAUUAAUAGUUCAAUAUCAUCAUCGAUUUUUAUCGAAAUAAUUCCAACGAAUAUCAUUGUUCAUUUAAUUCAAUAUGGAACUUCGAUGAUUACAAUUAGUGUGGAAGAUAAUUUAAUUUUAAAUCCAGGAAAAUAUUCAAUUGAUCCCGAUUCAAAUCUUUUCAAUUCAAAUGAUUGGAUUUAUGAAUAUUCGUGUCAAAUUGAUCAUAAUGAAACUUUUUUAAUAAAUUCUUCUCAAUCCUUAUUAUUCAUUCCUCGUAAUUCACUUAUUCCUAACAAAACCUAUGAAUUCCAAGUCAAAUUAACUCAUUACAAUUAUCCCAAUUUACAAGGCAUUGGUUAUCUUUCAAUAAGAACUGAAUCUCUUUCAAUUCCAAUGAUUCUCAUCUCUUGUCUCAUUCCAACAAUGUGUUUCUCAAAUUUUGAAUAUGAAUACAUCAAUCCCACAACUCAACUCUCACUUUUCUCCAUCUGUCAAGGCAACUGUUCAUCGAUUCAUCAUAUUACUUGGAAGAUUUAUCAACAAAUAACCGACGAUACUCAAUGGAAAUUAUUCUCUUACAAUAAUGAAUAUCAAUUGAAUACGAGCAAUUUAACGAUAGAGAAAACAAUCUUUUCUGAAUAUCCAAAUGUAUCUUAUUGGAGAUUUGAAGUGAUUUAUACAUUUGAAAGACGAAUUAGUUCGAGUUCAUUAAAUUUCGUGAUCAAUUAUCCACCGAGAAAUGGUUCUUGUUCAAUUAAUCCUUCACAUGGAACAACAAAGACUUUCUUCAAGAUUAUCUGUUCAGAUUGGUUUGAUGAAAAUCUCAUCACAGAUUAUUCAAUUUACGUGAAUGAUGACUCCGAGAAAAUCAUGAUCGGAACAAGUUUUCUUCCGAUUUUCGAAGUUUAUCUACCAAUUGGCUUUAAUCAAACCAUUCUUGUUCAUAUUCAAGAUGAAUUCAACGCAAUGACAAUCGUCAAACUAUGUUCUAUUCAAGUCAUUCCAGAUUCGAAUGAAAUCAGUGAAUUUGUUGAUUGGUCUGUUCGAUUAUUAACAAGUGGAAAUCAAAAUCUUAUCACACAAAUGUUCAUUUCAAUAUCACAGAUCAUCAAUUCGAUAAACACAUCGAAUUCAACUGAAUUUGUUACUAUUCGAGAAUUUUUACUCCCAUACAUCACCAAUCUUCCAAUUACAACUACAGAAAGUAUCAAACUUCAAUCUUCAGCCUUAUCUCAACUAACAAUGAUAACAAAUCAAUUAACUCGAACGACUUCUACAUUGGCUUCGACGAAAUGUUAUGAAUUAUCUAUUGUUUUACAAUCCCGAGCAGAUGAAAUUUCGUAUGAAGAUGUUCAAAUAGCGGCAGAUGCGAUUCUUCAAUGUGCUGCGAAUUGUUUCACGGCGAUCAAUGAACCAUUGCAAGAACUAAUGACGGUUUUAGAUUUGGAUUUUGAUCGUGCAAAUGCAUUGCCGGAUGAUUAUGAUACUGAUUUAGAAUCAAUUUGGUCGAAUCCGAAUUUCUUCGCGGAUGGUGACGAUUUUUCGGUUGCGACGAUUGAAAAACGCAGAAAUGUGUAUUAUCAACAGCAAACGGCCAAUCGAAUCGGAUUUGAAUUUCUCAAAACAGUGUCCUCAGUCACAGCUGCGUUGCAAAUUCAUCUAAAUCUCGGUGAAAAGAUCGUUUUUAACAGUUCAUCGAUCAUCUUUUCCUUAGAAAAACUUCGUUUUAACAUGUUACCCAACAAACGAAUUAAACUAUCUGAAAAUUCUCAAAUCCGAUUUCUCAAUUUCCUCACCAACGGCACUGAACUCGUCACGCUACGAUCGAUUCUUCUUCCACUCGCUCCCUACGGUUCGUCCUCCUACGAAAUCUCCACAAAUCUCUCCACAUUGCUCUCCUGUUCGUUACUUGAUUCCAAUUCUCACAUCAUAACAGUGAACACAUCAAUCGAAUUUCAUAUCGAACGAGAUCUGAAACGGCAAAUUCCAUCGAUGGUCAUGCAGAAUAAACAAUUUGAGUAUUUCAUUCCAUUUCGAAAUGCAUCCAAUGGAUCUCUUUACAAAUUCGAUCAAAUACCUCGAUUGACUGAUUUCGAUGGUUCAACAGUUUUCUGCUCAUCGAACAGUCUAUCGAGUGAAAAUUUCUACACGUAUUUUCUUGAUAAUCAGCAAAUUUCUUCAUAUCAAUCGAUCGUCAUUGGAUUACGAGAAUUAAAUUUCACCGAAAUGGAACAUUUUUGUUCAAACAAUUCCUCAUUAACCAUAAAUUCAUUAUCUCCUUCGACUUUUUCAUCAAAUUAUGAAAUACGUGUUUAUACAUCUGGUUGUUAUUAUCUCGAUUCUGAGAAUAAUUGGCAAUCGGAUGGAUUAAUCGUUGGUUCGUUGACGAAUUUAAACUUUACACAAUGUCCUCUCGGAAUUGCUUUUGAUGGAUAUGGAAAUUUGUUUAUUAUCGAACGAACUGCCAGUCGAGUAGUAGCAACUAGUCCCAAUGGUGUCUGGUGUGUAAUUCGAUGCUCAACAUCAACUGGAUCAGGAUCGAAUCAAUUGUAUUAUCCAUCAAGUCUUACUUUUGACAACUUAGGAAAUCUUUAUGUGGUCGAUAAUGGAAAUAAUCGAGUACAAAAAUUCUUCAUCAAUGCAAAUUCUUGUGUUGAAUUAACAACAACUUCAGUAUUCGAGUCAACUGAUCAAUCAACAUCAUCUCCACGGAUGUCAACAAGUUUAUUCGAUAGUACAAAAGAAUCUCGAUUUUCUCACUCAACUGCGAUAACGUUCGAACCGAUAAAAGACAAUUUAACGAAUUUCAAUUGUUCUAUUCCAAGAAUUAAAUUAACACCGAAUGAUACACUAUUAACAACACCGAUCAAAUUUCGUCGAAGUGAUGAUUUUUAUCUGAACUCUAUGAUUAUCUUCGAAUGUAAUCAAUCUCAUCCAUUCACUUCUCAAUGGAGAUUUUUUAAUUGUGGAUUAACAUGUGAAAAUGAAUUCCAUUUCAAUUCAUCAUUAAUCAUCACUCGAAAUGAAUUGUAUAUUCCUAAACAAGUAUUUCCUUAUGGAAUUUAUCAAUUGAAAUUAAUAAUCAAUAGUUCAAUAUCAUCAUCGAUUUUUAUCGAAAUAAUUCCAACGAAUAUCAUUGUUCAUUUAAUUCAAUAUGGAACUUCGAUGAUUACAAUUAGUGUGGAAGAUGAUUUGAUUUUAAAUCCAGGAAAAUAUUCAAUUGAUCCCGAUUCAGUUCUUUUCAAUUCAAAUGAUUGGAUUUAUGAAUAUUCGUGUCAAAUUGAUCAUAAUGAAACUCUUUUAAUAAAUUCUUCUCAAUCCUCAUUAUUCAUUCCUCGUAAUUCACUUAUUUCUAACAAAACCUAUGAAUUCCAAGUCAAAUUAACCCAUUACAAUUAUCCCAAUUUACAAGCCAUUGGUUAUCUUUCGAUAAGAACUGAAUCUCAUUCAAUUCCAAUGAUUCUCAUCUCUUGUCUCAUUCCAACGAUGUGUUUCUCAAAUUUUGAAUAUCAAUACAUCAAUCCCACAAGUCAACUCUCACUUUUCUCCAUCUGUCAAGGCAACUGUUCAUCGAUUCAUCAUAUUACUUGGAAGAUUUAUCAACAAAUAACCAACGAUACUCAAUGGAAAUUCUUCUCUUACAACAAUGAAUAUCAAUUGAAUACGAGCAAUUUAACGAUAGAGAAAACAAUCUUUUCUGAAUAUCCAAAUGUAUCUUAUUGGAGAUUCGAAUUUGAUGAAAAUCUCAUCACAGAUUAUUCAAUUUACGUGAAUGAUGACUCCGAGAAAAUCAUGAUCGGAACAAGUUUUCUUCCGAUUUUUGAGGCUUAUCUACCAAUUGGCUUCAAUCAAACCAUUCUUGUUCAUAUUCAAGAUGAAUUCAACGCAGUGACAAUCGUCAAACUAUGUUCUAUUCAAGUCAUUCCAGAUUCGAAUGAAAUCAAUGAAUUUGUUGAUUGGUCUGUUCGAUUAUUAACAAGUGGAAAUCAAAAUCUUAUCACACAAAUGUUCAUUUCAAUAUCACAGAUGAUCAAUUCGAUAAACACAUCGAAUUCAACUGAGUUCAUUACUAUUCGAGAAUUUUUACUCCCAUACAUUACCAAUCUUCCAAUUACAACUACAGAAAGUAUCAAACUUCAAUCUUCAGCCUUAUCUCAACUAAUAAUGAUAACAAAUCAAUUGACUCGAACGACUUCCACAUUGGCUUCGACGAAAUGUUAUGAAUUAUCUAUUGUUUUACAAUCCCGAGCAGAUGAAAUUUCCUAUGAAGAUGUUCAAAUAGCGGCAGAUGCGAUUCUUCAAUGUGCUGCGAAUUGUUUUACGGCGAUCAAUGAACCAUUGCAAGAACUAAUGACGGUUUUAGAUUUGGAUUUUGAUCGUGCAAAUACACUGCCGAAUGAUUAUGAUACUGAUUUAGAAUCAAUUUGGUCGAAUCCGAAUUUCUUCGCGGAUGGUGACGAUUUUUCGGUUGCGACGAUUGAAAAACGCAGAAAUGUGUAUUAUCAACAGCAAACGUCGAUUCUUCUUCCACUCGCUCCCUAUGGUUCGUCCUCCUACGAAAUCUCCACAAAUCUCUCCACAUUGCUCUCCUGUUCGUUACUUGAUUCCAAUUCUCUCAUCAUAACAGUGAACACAUCAAUCGAAUUUCAUAUCGAACGAGAUCUGAAACGGCAAAUUCCAUCGAUGAUCAUGCAGAAUGUCACAUCGAUAAAUUCUUCAUUGAGUUUACACUUUCUCAAUUUAACACGAAGAAACAAUUUGAGUAUUUCAUUCCAUUUCGAAAUGCAUCCAAUGGAUCUCACGCGAUCUUAUUUAUUUCUUUACAAAUUCGAUCAAAUACUUCGAUUGACUGAUUUCGAUGGUUCAACAAUUUUCUGUUCGUCGAAUCUGUCGAGUGAAAAUUUCUACACGUAUUUUAUUGAUAAUCAGCAAAUUUCUUCAUAUCAAUCGAUCGUCAUUGGAUUACGAGAAUUGAAUUUCACCGAAAUGGAACAUUUUUGUUCAAACAAAUCCUCAUUAACCAUAAAUUCAUUAUCUCCUUCAACUUUUUCAUCGAAUUAUGAAAUACGCGUUUAUACAUCUGGUUGUUAUUAUCUCGAUUCCGAGAAUAAUUGGCAAUCGGAUGGAUUAAUCGUUGGUUCGUUGACGAAUUUAAACUUUACACAAUGUUAUUCGAAUUAUCCAGCAACAGUAGCAACUGCUUUGCACUUUUUACCAUUACCGAUCGAUUGGGAUUAUGUAUUCGCUCAUGCAGAUUUUAUGAAAAAUCCUACGAUUUACAUGGCAAUCAUAUCUGUUGGUUCGUUGACGAAUUUAAACUUUACACAAUGUUAUUCGAAUUAUCCAGCAACAGUAGCAACUGCUUUGCACUUUUUACCAUUACCGAUCGAUUGGGAUUAUGUAUUCGCUCAUGCAGAUUUUAUGAAAAAUCCUACGAUUUACAUGGCAAUCAUAUCUGUAGGAAUUAUCUAUCUGAUUUUGAUUAUUUACGCACGAUUUCAAGAUAAUAAACACAUGAGCAAUUUUAACAUACCUGUUUUAUUAGAUAAUAACAAUUCUAAUCAAUAUGCGUAUAAAAUUACGGUUCAAACAGGAUUUCGAACUGGUGCGGACACUAAAUCGAAAGUUCAUUUUGUUCUCGGUGGUGAUAAUCAUACGACGAAUAUUCGAACAUUUACUAAUCCUUAUCGACAAAUUUUUCAGCGUGGUGGAAUCGAUAGAUUUAUCAUCACGACUCCAAAAUCGUUGGGAAAGUUGAAUUAUAUUCACCUUUGGCAUGAUAAUACUGGUUUCGGUUCGAAUGCAUCGUGGUUUUUGAAAUGUAUCAUCGUUCAUGAUUUACAAACAAACGAAAACUUUUCGUUCAUUUGUCAACGAUGGUUAGCGGUGGAAUUUGAUGAUGGCGCGAUCGAACGACUUCUUCCCGUUGCAAAUGAAAUUGAAAAGAAGAAUUUCGAAAAUUUAUUAUGGAAUAAAAUGUAUGAAAACGCUUCCGAUGGUCAUUUAUGGUUUUCAAUCUUUACUCGAUUGAACUCCACUCGAUUCACUCGUGUUCAACGAUGUACAUGUUGUUUUGUUUUAUUUUUCAUCACAAUGCUUUUUAAUAUUCUCUAUUAUCAACAAAUCGAUGAUUUGAAAACAAGCAAUCAAAAUGGAUUUUCACUUGGUCCAUUUUACAUUUCUUUCAAUCAGAUUAUUAUUGGAAUCAUCAUUGAAUUAUUCUCGUUAUUUCCAAGUAUUUUACUCGUUCAAUUCUUUCGACGUAUUCGCUCAAAAGGAGAUCAUCGGUCAUAUCGACAAUUGAUGUUUCCUUCCUGGUGUCUUUACAUUGCUUUUAGUUUGUCGUUCUUGUUUGUUGGUGUGUCGGUAUUGUUUAUUCUUGCGCGUGGAAUUGAAUUAGGAGACGUAAAAGUGAAGAAAUGGUUAACAUCGACUGCGACAGGAUUUUUCUCAUCUGUUUGUUUGACGCAACCAUUGCAGAUUUUGGGUUUGACGGUGUUCGCGAUGGUUUUCUUCUCGAAAAACGAUCAUUCGGCUGAAUCUUUGAAGGUUUCAAAUGGAAAAUUUGUUUCUACAACGGAUAAAUCACCGCCUAUUCGCUUGCAGAAACACGAAUUAAUCAACGCGCGACAUCAUCGUUUGAAAGAAAUCCGUUUUCAUUCAAUCAUCAAUGAAUUUCUCUCCUAUGGAUUUUUCCUCUGCACGAUUUAUUUGAUAAACUAUUUGAAUUGUAAUCAAAAUGGAUUUUAUGAAGUCAAUCACUUACGAAAAUUCUUCCUACGAUCUUCUCGAACAAGUUACGAUUAUAAUCAAAUAAAAACAGUUGAUGAAUGUUGGUCGUGGUUGGAGAACAGUUUUGUUGAGAAUCUUCGAGCGCAAAAAUGGUACAAUGAUCAGCCACCUCGAGAUUUAUCGGGAUUUCUCAAUGAUAAAACAAAUCGAUUGAUUGGAUGGGCAACAAUGCGACAAUUACGAGUUAAAACCGAAUUAUGUGCAAUUCAUUCCAAAAUUAAAUCUGUCAAUUUGACUUGUAGAAAUGAAUACAAUUUUGUCAAUGAAGAACGGAAUUCUUUUCUACCUGGAUGGAAAAAAAAUGAAUCCACGAGAAAUUACAGUUCAUCGAUUUCCAAUGCUUUUAAAUAUCGAUUAAAUUCUCAAUUGAACACAAAUGUUUACGAAGGUGAACAUGAAACUUACAAUAUUGGUGGAUAUAUCUAUGAAUUUCGUGGUCGUUUAUCUGAAAUUCGAACAAAUCUUUCUCUUCUUCAUCAAUUAAACUGGAUCGAUCAUCAAACCAAAGCGAUUCUUAUUGAAAUUAGUCUAUACAAUCCAAACAUUCAAAUGUUCAUUUCUGUCAAUUUUCUCCUGGAAUUUUUAUCAACCGGUGGUAUUUUCCCGACUACACGUUUUCAACCGUUGAACAUUCAAACUUUGACAUCGCUCUGUGAUUUACUUGUAAUUAUAAUUUACACGUUGUUUAUCAUUUACUUUAUGAUAUAUCAAUAUCAAUCGAUGUCUCGUUCAAAAUUGUUAUAUUUUUGUCAAUUUUGGUCGUGGGUUAAUCUUGGAAUUAUAUUUUGUUCAUGGACAGCUGCUGGAAUUUACAUUCGAAGAUACAAAGAAGCGAAACGAAUUGGAGAAAUGUUUCGCGAAAUUUCUGUUGUUUCUUGGGAACUAUCAAAUUAA